GAAUCAUCCGUCAUGAUGACAAGGAUGACAAUUCGCCUCCACAAGUGAAAAACUCAUCGCGCUCGCAGUUGCGAUCGCCGACGCAGACGCGAAACGUCUCGAGUGUCUGCCCCCGAGCGUGCCCAGUGCGGAUCUCGGUGCUUCAGCGAGUGAAUGUCUUCUUGUGGCCGCCGCCGUCGACUGUAAUAUGCCAUUAGCCAACUCGGAACUAUGGCAAAUCCCGCACGCCGUGUUAGAGCCAUUGGAUUGUCCAGGUCCCUAAGAAUAGUGUCUUCUGACAAUGGCGAUGACAAUGCCGGAUUGGACGAAGGGCCAGCCGAAGGUGAUCAUGAAAUUGAGCUUGGAGAGGUUGUUAGAGAUGGACAUGAUAAAGCCGACCCAUCACAAUUCGAACUACUCAAAGUUCUCGGCGAGGGAUCCUUUGGCAAGGUAUUCCUCGUCCGAAAAGUGGUGGGUAAUGAUGGCGGCACGCUGUACGCGAUGAAGGUGCUGAAGAAAGCGACGCUCAAGGUGCGUGACCGCCAUCGCACGAAAAUGGAGCGCAAUAUUCUGGUUGAUGUUGAACAUCCGUUCAUCGUUAAGUUACACUACGCCUUCCAGACGACUGGAAAACUCUACCUCAUUCUUGAUUUCCUACGCGGUGGGGAUUUAUUUUCGCGUCUCAGCAAAGAGGUUAUGUUCACCGAGGAGGACGUGAAGUUCUACUUGGCUGAGUUGGCCUUGGCGCUCAACCAUCUGCAUUCGCUGGGGAUAAUCUAUCGCGAUUUGAAGCCGGAGAAUGUUUUGCUUGAUUCGGAUGGACAUAUCGCCCUCACUGACUUUGGCCUCUCGAAAUUACCUCUUGAAGAAGACAAAGCCUACAGUUUUUGUGGCACUAUUGAAUAUAUGGCACCGGAAGUAGUCUCCCGCAAAGGCCACUCCUUCGCAGCGGAUUGGUGGUCGUUUGGUGUGCUCAUGUUCGAAAUGCUCACCGGAGGCCUUCCAUUCCAAGGCUCCGACCGCAAAGACACCAUGACUCAGAUCCUCAAAGCCAAACUCGGAAUGCCCGCGAAUCUUAGCUCGGAAGCUCAAAGUCUCCUCCGAGCGUUAUUCAAACGCAAUCCUGCGAAUCGCCUAGGCGCAGGCCAGGGUGGUGUGGAUGAUAUGAAAUCGCAUGAGUUCUUCGCUACAAUUGAUUGGAACGCUCUACUUCAGAAACGAAUACGACCUCCGUUCAAACCAGCAGUCUCAGGUCCUGAUGACGCAUACUUCGAUUCAGAAUUCACGUGUAAAACUCCCCGAGAUUCACCAGGGGUGCCCGCAUCUGCGAACGCGCAUGAAUUGUUCAGAGGGUUCAGUUUCAUCGCGCCUUGUUUACUCGAAGGGCCAAACUGUAAACCAUCACAGAAACGAGACGAGGUACCAAUUCGACCUAUGCGGACAAACGCGGCGAAUUUCCUGGAUGAAUAUGAAGUCCUCGGGGAUGUGGGCCAAGGGAGUUAUAGUGUUUGCAAACUGUGCAAACACAAAUCCACUGGGCAGCAGUUUGCAGUAAAGAUAAUCCGAAAAACUAAUAAUUGCGAUUGGCGAGAGGAAGUCGAAGUCCUCUUGAGAUACGGACAUCAUCCGAAUAUUGUUUCCCUGAAAGGAGUCUAUGAAGAUUCCACGAAGGUUUACCUAGUUACUGAAUACCUCAAAGGCGGUGACUUGAUCGAUUACAUUUUCGCUAAAGUACACGUCAAAGAAUCCGAAGCAGCUGCUAUUUUACAAACCCUGGCGUUAACUCUGGCAUUCCUGCAUGAAAACGGCGUGGUUCAUCGCGAUUUAAAACCCGAGAAUAUUCUAUUCUCAUCCGAGGAUAGAACACCGGCUAGUAUGACCAUUUGUGAUAUGGGAUUCGCGAAACAAUUGCGUGCGGACAAUGGUUUGUUAAUGACGCCGUGCUAUACAGCGAACUACGUCGCGCCUGAAGUCCUCAAAAGACAAGGAUAUGACGCUGCGUGUGACAUUUGGUCAUUAGGCAUCAUCCUCUACAUCCUGCUCUCGGGCAAAAGUCCGUUUAGCACGAAACCCAAUGACACGCCGACGCAAAUCCUACAACGCAUCAGUUGUGGCAAACUCAACUUCAACGAUCGAGUUUGGUCAGGUAUCUCGCAAGCGGCGAAAGAUUUAGUCUCGGAUAUGUUGCACAUAUCUCCCCAACGCCGCCCCACGGCCAUGCAACUCACUAACAAUCCAUGGGUGAAAGGUAAACUUUACCAUAUUCAAGAUGCGACUGCGCUUGCCUAUCAAAACAACAACGGUAACAGCACGAAAGCUGAAUUAAAACAGGCAGUGGCAGCGACUUUCCACGCGAUUGCAACAUCACCGAAAGUCGCCAAUCUUGGACCAGUCGCUGGGUCGGAUCUUGCGAAGCGCCGGUUCAAGGACAAAGCGUUGAAACGCGUACAAAUUUCAUCCUAACACUGGCCGGUCAGGAUUUAAUCUCUUGAUUGCACUGUUGCGGCGUGGACACAUUGAGACAGUGUUCAUGUCGAUGCUGUUGUUUGUUGCAUUCAGUCGAGGGGAUGUUUGACGCUUUGAAAAACGGAGAUGAUUGAGUAUUGCGAGCAUUGCGACGAGUCUAAACUGAUAUAGUCAAUCGUGUAAUCCCAGAAAUAAAUAAAAUAACUAACAAACCCGCAAGACAACACAACACAGGUCAAUUAAUUCUAAACAAAUUGUAACAAUGGAAUUGUAAACAGGUUAUUUUGCGUAGUGUGCAAUAAUUCGUUGAGUUAGCCAGUCUAGAGUCAAAUCUUCCAUGAAAUAGAAGUAGAAUCAGUUAUUUUACACAGAAAACUUAAUUUAUUCGUGUUAAUCUUGCCAGGAAUUCAUUUAGAUAGUCAAUAUUUAUCACUCCGCACAAAAACAAACACAAAAUACAGUAAUUAAUGCAAGUUGAAUGUUAAUAUUGUUUAUAGCGCAUAUUUUUGUAUAUAUCUUUUUCUAAUCGAUACUUUUGUUUGAAUAAUUGAAUUAAUUAUGUGAUAAAAUUUAAAUUUAUACGAAAAAUGAUUCACUUUUAUUUGUGUUACUAUUUAUAUUUAGACAUGUACGAAAUUAUGAUUAAUUUAGUGUAGUUAUUAUAUUAUAGUUGCCAUUCAAUUCCUUCGUGUAUGAUGGAAGUUAAAAGGGAGUAAAAAAUGGGAGAACUGCCUCAAAACAUGUGUAAAAUGUAAACGGAUUUUAUGCCAAUGUAAAUGUACUUGCAAUUGCUUUUAAUGUGGAGAUGUGGAAACGAAUUUUAAUCAAAACGCUCCGCACAGCUGUGAAUUGUGAAGUUGUGAACGUUCGGAGAUGCGAAACUUAAUGGCCUACAACCAAUAUUCGAACGCAAUCGUUCGAAGUUUGAAAUAUUACAACCUAAAAAACGAUUUAUAACAGAUAGUAAACUGAAAUAGUAUUAAUUCUAAGCAGCCUUGUUACUACAAUUAACUGUUAUUGAAUAUGUAGAGCUCUACAAAGCGUAUAUAUAAUAUAUUUUCCCAAUUUUAGAUGAUGAAGAAGCAGGAGAUCAAGUUGAAGUUGAUAUUCGUAAAAAAUGUUCCGUGAGUGAGACAAAUGAGAUGUUUUAAUAAUGAUGUAAUAUUGUAAAUUCACAAAGAGCGAUUUUCCCAGUUGUAGUGUGUAGUUCAUGUAAAAAAAAGUAUCAAUGUGCCAUUGUUAUACAUAUAAAUUAUAAAAUUAUGAAAGAAAUUAUCGAAAAUCAGGUACAAGAAGUACAAGAAAAGCAGAAAAAUGUCACAGAAGCAUCAUUGCUUUUUGUAAAUUGUAAUUAUCACACUUCCUUGUAUUACAAAACAAAUGUAAUCGAUAUGUUGUUGAAAAUUGAAAGAAAAAAAAACGUGCAAAUUAUAUAUAAAUAUUUAAAAUGCACUCUAAAGACAAAAAAAACUGUUAUAAUAUUAUGAGAGUAUAAUAUGCAGAUGAUUAUUACAAUUAUAUGUAUUUCCAUACAA